AUGGACGACCUGUCGCAGGGCGACAUAUGCCGCGUGUGCCGCUGCGAGGCGCAGCCGGACAGGCCUCUAUUUUACCCGUGCAUCUGCACGGGAUCGAUCAAGUACAUCCACCAGGAUUGCCUGAUGCAAUGGAUGCGCUACUCGCACAAGGAAUACUGCGAGCUGUGCGGCUAUCGCUUCAGUUUCCAGCCCAUCUAUGCCCCGGAUAUGCCGCGUGUCCUGCCGCUGAAGGAUGUCCUCGUGGGCCUCAUGUCCGCCGUUUUGGAGGGCGCCCGCUGUUGGCUUCACUACUCUUUGGUAGGAAUGGCCUGGUUUGGAGUGGUCCCUCUAUCCGCCUAUAGAACCUAUAGGUACCUCUUUCGGGCCAGCUCCUUCGACAUGAUCCUCACGCUACCCUUUGAUAUCUUCUCCAUGGAGAACCUCGCAGCAGAUGCCUUUCGCGGCUGCUUUGUGGUCACCUGCACGCUGCUAUCCUUCAUUGGUUUAGUCUGGCUACGCGAGCAGAUCCUCCAUGGCGGCGGUCCGGACUGGUUGGAGCGGGAAGAUGCUCCUCUCCAGGCGGCAGCGGCUAAUCCUGCUCCCCCUGCAGCGGAAGCAGCUCCUCCGCAACCCCAGGAUGACAACAAUAAUGCGGAUAAUGCGCCACAGGAUGUGCCCAUGGAUAAUGAGGCUCCACCAGCAGCAGCGGAUAACGAAGCUGGACAAGAUGCCGCCGCUCCUGCAGCUCCAGCGGCUCCGGCUGUGGAUGCGGAUGCCGAUGAACAGAACUGGAAUCCCAUGGAAUGGGAUCGCGCCGCCGAGGAGCUCACCUGGGAGCGACUCCUGGGUUUAGAUGGCUCGCUGGUGUUCCUGGAGCACGUCUUCUGGAUCAUCUCGCUGAACACCAUGUUCAUUUUUACCUUUGCCUUUUGCCCGUAUUGCGUGGGCAACUUUAUCCUGAGUUCCAUGGACCUUUUGCAGCCGGAGAAGCCUCUCCUGCACUUUCAUGGCCUCAUAACCACUCUAUUUGGAUACUGCUGCAUUGGAUUGACCCUCGUGGUGCUGCACUUCUUCGCCAGAGUGUUCAGAUUGCGCCGGGUUUGCUGGUUCAUUGGAUUGUGCUACAUUGUGGUGAAGGUUUCGCUGCUUUCGGUGGUGGAGAUUGGAGUGCUGCCCCUGAUUUGCGGCUGGUGGUUGGACAUCUGUUCGCUGCCCCUGCUGGAUGCCAGCUUAAAGGAUCGCAAGGCGAGCUUCAAGGCGGCGCCGGGAACCUCUUUAUUUGUCCACUGGAUGUUUGGCAUGGUCUAUGUUUACUACUUUGCUGCUUUUAUCUCGCUGCUAAGAGAGGUUUUGCGGCCUGGCGUCCUCUGGAUAUUCCGCAAUGUCAACGAUCCCGAUUUUAGCCCCAUUCAGGAGAUGAUUCAUGUGCCAAUUGUGCGGCACAUUCGUCGCUUGGUCGCCUCGGCCAUGAUCUUUGGCUUUGCCGUCUUCUUGAUGCUCUGGCUGCCCAUUAGAAUUCUUCAAGUGGCCUGGCCUAAUUUUUUGCCCUACGCUUUGAGUGGCGAUGCGGAGGUUAAUGAUUUGAGUCUGCAGUUGUUGCUGCUACAGAUCGUUUUACCUGGCUUCUUUGAGCAAACCCAAACGCGCAUCUGGCUGAAGGGUUUACUGCGCAUUUGGUGCACUGCGGUGGCUUGGUUGCUGGGAAUUCGCAGCUAUUUGCUACCUGCACCCGAACCGGAGCCUGAAAAUCCCGCUGCAGGGGAAGAGGGAGUGGAAAAUGCUGCUGAAAAUCAAGAAGGCGAGGCUGCCGCACCACCACCGCCGCCACCGCCUCCACCACCGCCUGUGGAACCGGCUCCUGCUCCUCGUAACUUGGCCGCCGCCCAUCAGGCAAUUAUGCAGCGCGAUGCCCCCGUGGGUUUCCAACCCUACGACAAACCCUCGCUCUUCGCCAUUCGUUUGUGCGCCCUCCUCUCCCUCAUGUGCUUCUCCAUCGUUUGUGCUGCUAUGUUAACACUCACCGUGCCCGUUUACAUUGGCCGUCGCCUGAUGAUGCUCUGGACCGGCACUCCUGGUGAUAAAGCGGCUGCAGCAGCAGCAGGAGGAGCAGUUGGAGCAGCUGUUAAUCUAGCACCUUUGGAUGCGGAGGGAAUCAGAAAGAACGAGCGACUGCUGCGCUCGCAUGAGCUCUACACCGCCGAGAUUGGCGGCUAUCUGUGCUGGAUUGUCUGCCGUGGAGUGGCCGUGGUGGUUACCCUGUUGCCACAGGGAAGAGCUGCUAUAGUUAGCAAACUAAAACACUGGGCACGAGUGGCUUUGCAAUAUGCCCUACCAGUUUUAACGCUGCUUGGAAUUUUUGUCCUCGUUCCUUUGCUGUUUGGGCUGCUGCUCGAACUGGUGGUGGUCAUACCGCUGCGCGUUCCCUUGCGCAAGACACCCAUACAUUUCCUAUGGCAGGAUUGGGCACUUGGAGUCCUCUACAGUAAAAUAGCCAUCGCCUUAACCUUAAUGGGUCCCGAUUGGCAUUUGAAACGAGCACUGGAACGCGCCUAUAUGGAUGGCUUGCGUGAUUUCGACUUGAAGUUUGUGAUGCGCGACUUGGCCGUGCCGGUGGUUACCACAUUUGGCCUGGCUCUGGCCGCUCCCUACGUUCUCGCGCACAUGGUGUUCCCCAUUUUCCUGGCCGACGCCUAUGCCCGGCAUGUCAUCGCUCGUCUCGUUUAUCCCGUGAGCUUCAUUGUCGUCGGCAGCAUCUGCUUCGUUCUGUUCCAGAUCAAGCAGCUGAAGAAGCUGUAUUUGUCCAUCAAGGUGGACAAGUAUCUGGUGGGUCAGCGGCUGGUUAACUACGAGCACCGCAAGAAGCAGCAGCAGCAACAGCAGCAGCAGCAGAAGGAGGAGGAGGAGGAGCAGCAGCGGGCGGACCGGGAGCUCAAGGAGCUGCAGGAGCGGGAUCGCGAGCGGGAACGGGAGCAGCUGGCCCAGGAGCAGGAGUUGGCUGAGCUUCUGUAACGAGAUCAGAUUUUUAAUUAAACCCGACAAGGAGGAGAAUAAAGCCACGCGAUGGUGUUACAAAUAUCUGUGUGUUUUUUCCGUCGUGGAGCUGCUCCUGCUGCUAAUAUAUCUCGGUUUAGACUCUGUUGCCCUGCCAAAAUGGAGGAUUUGAAAAUUUUCGAGUGAAAUAAACCCAUUUUGUUCUAGCUUCGGCCCUUUUUCCCCCCUUUUAGUUAACUUUCGUUAUAUGAUUAAAGUGUUAGCUACAAUUGUUGUUAAAUCCUUUAAACCCUUUUACCGCUUAUAGAACCUAAGUUGUAUGAUAUUUUAAGACCGCCAGACAUAAACCACAACCAAUUCCCAUAUAAACCUUGUA